UCGUUGUGGUGGCACUGCCGUGCUGCUCUGCUCGGCUCUCGGUCUCCACGGUACCUCUUGUUUUCAUGUGUGUGAGUGUGUGAGAGUGUGUGUGUGAGAGAGAGACACACCACUUGAACACUUUACACGACAGGAGGAAUUUACGGAGACAUUAGGCUGUCGGUUUUGUGGGAAGAGCGCAGGAUAAGUUCAGAAGAAGAGCCGUGUUUUAACGGGAGAGAGGCUGUGUCUGUCUGUACUUCCAACCAGCGGUAAAGCUACUUUGAUACAACCACUUAGCUAACAAGCUAACUGGGAAUGUUUUCAGAAACUAGCCAGGUUGUUAGCCUGCUAGCUAGCUAAACCGGACGGAGAAAUCCCCUGAGUACAUUUAACAAGCAGAUAUAAUGAUACUAUCUUUAGAUACAGCAAGGCAACGAAUUGCGGCGACGUCUGAAGCCGGGUAUGUUGAAUGUUUAGGGCUCUUGUGUCCGCUUAGUCGCUAAUUUCCAGCAGGGACAAUAGUUGACUGUCCAGGCAACAAGUCUAGCUCACACUGCUGUUAAAACGUUGCUCAAGUUUGUGCUAAAUUAAAUUAAUGUCCUGCAUUGUUGUUGUUAGUAACCGCCCGGUUCUAGUUAGCUAAACAUGAAGACUCUGUCGUAAAAAAAUGGGCGUUUUGGAUAAAGUAAAUGUAGUGUUAUACAAAGGAAAGUGCGGUUUAACAUUAUAGAGUGGAUAGGCUCACUCUGUUGUAUAAGAGGAACUGAUGUCACUUAGUCGAUACAACUAUUGACGAGGAGACGAGGUGGAUGAACAUUAUAAAUCGCCCACAUGCUUUGGAUCAGUUCCCGGACUUGUGAAAGGCAUCUGAAGCAGAAGGUGGGAGACGUGAGCGCACAACCCUUGCAGCCCGGGGGAAGAUGGCGGAGCGUUGCCGUAAGAGGUGGUGAAGCCAAAACUUGGGGACUUCUUGGAUUUAUCGCCAGAUAUCUGAUCCCAGAUCAUAGGACACAUGCAGGCCAAAAAACGGUACUUAACCCUCUUCUCCGCCGGUGCGUGUGUCAUCCUGUUGUUUUGUUUUGGGGGGAUACAAGUCCCGUUAUCCAGACGGGGUCCCAGCCGGCGUGAUGACCGCAGCCUCACCGGGGCGCGGUGGCGUCGCUUCCCGGGGUCCCUGCAGCCUUUCAACUCCUGGGAGCAAGACGGGAGCGAUGAUCAGAAUGAACACAUAUCUCCUAGGGAGAAGAGGGACGCCAACUCAGGCGUGUACACCGCGAAGCGCUGCAGAAUGGAGUCCUGCUUUGAUUUCUCCCUGUGUGAGAGGAAGGGCUUUAAAGUGUAUGUGUACCCCCAGCAGAAAGGGGAGAAGAUGUCAGAGAGUUAUCAGAACAUCUUGUCCUCCAUCGAAGGGUCCAGGUUCUACACACCCGACCCGGGACAGGCAUGCCUGUUUGUCCUGAGUUUGGACACUCUGGACCGGGACCAGCUUUCACCCCAGUACGUGCACAACUUGAAAGCAAAAGUCCAGAGCCUUCCUCUGUGGAAUGGGGGCAAAAACCACAUCAUCUUCAAUUUAUACUCUGGCACCUGGCCAGACUACACAGAAGACCUCGGCUUCGACAUUGGCCUUGCAAUGUUGGCCAAGGCCAGCAUCAGCACCGAGAACUUCAGGCCCAACUUUGACGUUUCCAUCCCUCUUUUCUCUAAAGACCACCCCAGGACAGGAGGGGAAAGGGGCUACUUGAAACAUAACACCAUUCCCCCUUAUAGGAAGUACAUGCUUGUUUUCAAGGGGAAGAGGUACCUAACUGGAAUAGGUUCAGACACUAGGAACGCUUUAUAUCAUGUUCACAACUCAGAGGACGUGGUCCUCCUCACCACCUGUAAGCAUGGGAAAGACUGGCAGAAGCACAAGGAUGCACGCUGUGACAAAGACAAUGCAGAAUAUGACAAGUAUGACUACAGAGAGAUGCUGUACAACUCCACCUUCUGUCUGGUACCUCGAGGACGACGGCUGGGUUCCUUUCGCUUUUUAGAAGCUUUGCAGGCAGCUUGUGUGCCAGUGAUGCUGAGUAAUGGCUGGGAGCUUCCCUUCUCAGAGAUCAUCGACUGGAACACAGCAGCUGUGAUUGGUGAUGAAAGGCUGCUAUUACAGAUCCCCUCAACGGUGCGCUCCAUCCAUCAGGAUAAGAUCCUGUCCUUGAGACAGCAGACGCAGUUCCUAUGGGAGGCUUACUUCAACUCUGUGGAGAAGAUCGUACUGACCACACUGGAGAUCAUCCAGGACCGGGUACUGCAGCACACUUCAAGGAGUAACCUCAUGUGGAACAGUCUGCCUGGAGGCCUUUUCACCCUGCCUCAGUACUCUACAUACCUGGGAGAAUUCCCCUUCUACUACGCUAAGCUGGGUAUUAAGCCCUACCCGAAGUUUACAGCGAUCAUUCACGUGGUGACCCCACUGGUCUCCCAGUCCCAGCCAGUCAUGAAGCUGCUUGUAGCUGUGGCCAAAUCCCCGUACUGUGCUCAGGUGAUAAUUCUGUGGAACUGUGACAAGCCUCUUCCUGCCAAGCACCGCUGGCCUCCCACCUCAGUCCCUGUCAUUGUUAUAGAGGGCGAAAGCAAGGUGAUAAGCAGUCGUUUUUUGCCCUACGACACCAUCCCCACUGAUGCUGUGCUCAGUCUUGAUGAGGACACCGUGCUCUCCACUACAGAGGUGGACUUUGCCUUCACAGUGUGGCAGAGUUUCCCAGACCGCAUUGUUGGUUACCCAGCCCGUAGUCACUUCUGGGAUAGCAACAAAGAGAGGUGGGGCUACACUUCCAAAUGGACCAACGACUACUCCAUGGUGCUGACUGGGGCUGCCAUCUAUCACAAAUACUACCACUACUUGUACACCACCUACCUUCCAGCCAGUCUGAAGACCAUGGUUGACCAGUUGUCAAACUGUGAGGACAUUCUGAUGAAUUUUCUGGUGUCCUCCGUCUCUAAACUACCACCUAUCAAGGUCACCCAGAAGAAACAAUACAAGGAGACCAUGAUGGGACAGAGCUCCCGGGCUUCUCGCUGGGCUGACCCGGACCAUUUUGCCCAGCGUCAGACCUGCAUGAACAAGUUUGCCAGCUGGUUUGGCACAAUGCCCCUGGUCCAUUCUCAGAUGAGGCUGGACCCAGUCCUGUUCAAAGACCAGGUGUCCAUACUGCGGAAGAAGUACAGGGACAUCGAGAGGCUAUAACCCUCCAGAGCCCCCCGCUCAAUGAACAGAACAAAGACAGAGCGAGGGGGCGGACACAUGGAGAAACUCAGAGCCUUUCCAUGAUUCCAUGGAUGGAUCAGUGGAGAAACAAACAUGAUCGGGUACAGGGGGAGAGAAGGAAAAUAAACUAGAACAGCUGUGGAGGACACCACAUUCACUGGUCUCUUCGGUUGUAUCCUCCUCCAUUUAUCCUUUCUACCCUUUCUCCUAUGUGUAUUGGGGGAUAGCUGAGCACACAGGUCCCACUAUAUACACUUUGACUACAACCAACUGAAGGACACCUGAGGACUUAAAAACUUUGAACUGAAGUGGUCAAAGUCAUGGAGUUGUUGAAUAUCAUAGCUUGCUGCUUCAGUGUCCCAACAGUGGCAAACCACCAACUCCAACCCGCUGAAAAAGACUGCUCCGCUCUGUACAUUCUGCACAGAUUCCUGAAAGUUUUUGCUGA